GUUGAGCCAUGGUGAACACCAAGGGUUACCGGAGAGGAACGAGGUACCUCUUUGCGAGGGGCUUUAGGAAGCAUGGUGUGGAGCACCUGUCCACAUACCUGCGGGUUUUCAAGAGGGGAGAGUACGUUGACAUCAAGGGCAAUGGAGCCUUCCAAAAAGGCAUGCCACACAAGUUCUACCAUGGAAAAACUGGCCGGGUCUACAACGUGACACCUCGUGCACUUGGUGUUACCGUCAACAAGCGUGUCAGGCAUCGCAUCAUCCCCAAGCGCAUCAAUGUGCGUGUCGAGCAUGUGAAGCACUCCAAGUGCCGGCAAGACUUUCUGGAGAGAGCAAAGAAGAACCGCGAGAUCCGUGCUGAGGCCAAGAAGGCUGGAAUUCGGGUAUCCUGUAAGCGACAGCCUCAAGGUCCCAGGCCAGCACACUUUGUGAAGCUCAAUGGCAAGCAGGAACCUGAAUUGCUCCAGCCCAUCCCAUACGAAUUCAUUGCCUAGACUUCCAAAUAAAGCCAGGUCGACUGGGUA